GACGGCAACUACGUCAUGUUCGCCAACGCGCAGACUGGCAGUGCGCCCAACAACCGCAAGUUUUCGCCCUGCAGCGUGGCCAACAUUUCCAUUGUCCUCGAUGAGAUGUUCACGGGUGAAGGGACGCGCCCGAAUUGCUUUCAGGAACCAGCGGCCCCGUUCUGUGGCAACAUGAUCCGCGAAGAGACAGAGGAAUGCGAUUGCGGUUACGACAGGUCCGACUGUCUCGAUAAGUGCUGCUAUCCGCGCAAGCAUCCCAAACGUUGCACUCUGCGUGCUGGCGCCAAGUGCAGCCCGACCAGCGGUUCCUGCUGCAGCGAGAACUGUACUAUUCGUAACACCACACAGCCCUGCAGGCCAGAAGAUGAAUGCCAGUACGCGGCCUUCUGCGAUGGCAUGAACAGCGAGUGCCCUCCGUCGGCGUGGAAGCCCGAUGGGACGCUGUGCAACCGAGGCACGCAGCUCUGCGAGGCCGGAGAGUGCCAGCACUCUGUGUGCCGCAGGUACAACUUGAACCAGUGCUUCCUCACCGGUCCCGACCGCACGCCCGAACAGAUGUGCCUCAUCGCUUGCCAGGAGGACCUGCCCGGCAGCGAGUGCCUCGAGGCGUGCAACUUCAAACGCAUGAAGGACUUCUGCCACCGGCGCAUGGAACCCGGCGCAGCCUGCGCUGACCUGCGCGGCUACUGCGAUGCCUUUCGGCGCUGUCGCUUCAUCGACGCCCACAGCUCGCUCGCCAGGCUGAGAUGGCUGACGUUCGGGCCACCCGUCUUCGUAGAUGUUCUCGCGGUAUACGCUUUGUUCCUACCUACGAAUGUUUGGGUUAUUACCCCGGCAUCAUGGCCUCUGAGGUCGGGCGACGCGCGGUGCGCCGCCCGAUCCCAGGUGCCAUGCUCGCUUUUUAUAAACGCACCUCAACCCGAAGCUCUGCCUCCACUUUGUGCUGUUGUUGUUGUUGGCGACGACGACGACGAUGAUAGUAGUGGGAUGAUGAUGAAGUACUGGUACCUGACCUUCCUGUGCCUGGCGCUGAUCAGCGCAGUGACAGUGGCCAUCAUCCGGGUGUGCGCUGUGCACAUGCCCAGCAGCAACCCGCUCCUGAGGCCCUAUCGCAAGAUCAGCGACAGCAUCCACCACCCACUGGACUUCUUCAAGGACAUUGCCGGCCUGUGA